AUGCCUUUUCAAACAAUCAGUUCCUUCAAAGACAAACUUUUUAACCCAGCCAAAGAUGAGGUAAAGAACACCAUAGGCGACUCACUGGGCAACCUGCAAAGGAAAGUUGAUGGAACAAAUACAGAAGAUGACAGUUUUGAACUCAAUGAAGAUGGACAGCCUGUCCAGGGCUCUACUCACACCCCACCUAAAUUUGCCUGUUACUGUUGUGGACUGCCUAAGCGGUACAUCAUUGCCAUCAUGAGUGGCUUGGGAUUCUGCAUUUCAUUUGGAAUUAGAUGCAACCUUGGCGUGGCCAUCGUAGAGAUGGUGAAUAAUAACACAGUGUAUGUAAAUGGGAAACCCGAAAUUCAGGUAGCCCAGUUCAACUGGGACCCAGAAACCGUCGGCCUCAUCCAUGGCUCAUUUUUUUGGGGAUACAUCGUGACCCAGAUCCCUGGAGGUUUCAUUGCGAACAAACUUGCUGCCAAUAGGGUAUUUGGUGCUGCUAUUUUUUUAACCUCAAUACUAAAUAUGCUGAUCCCAUCUGCAGCAAAAGCACAUUAUGGAUGUGUGAUAUCUGUUCGAAUUCUUCAAGGUCUUGUUGAGGGUGUUACCUACCCAGCAUGCCAUGGGAUGUGGAGCAAAUGGGCCCCUCCAUUGGAGAGGAGCAGGCUGGCAACCACUUCAUUCUGCGGAUCCUAUGCAGGUGCAGUGAUAGCUAUGCCACUUGCCGGGAUAUUGGUGCAAUAUAUAGGUUGGUCUUCAGUCUUUUACAUUUAUGGGAUGUUUGGCAUAUUCUGGUACAUCUUCUGGUUGCUCCACGCCACAGAGAGUCCAGCCGCACAUCCUACCAUUACCAUUGAAGAAAGGACAUAUAUCGAAUCAAGUAUAGGUGAAGGAUGUAGUUUAGUUACAACCGGUAAAUUUAGAACCCCUUGGAAGAAGUUUUUCACGUCUAUGCCAGUCUAUGCAAUCAUCGUAGCUAAUUUCUGCAGGAGCUGGACCUUUUAUUUGUUGUUAAUAAGUCAACCUGCUUAUUUUGAAGAAGUAUUUGGAUUCCCUAUUAGCAAGGUUGGCAUACUCUCGGCAGUCCCACACAUGGUAAUGACUAUUAUUGUACCCAUUGGAGGACAGCUGGCCGACUUCUUAAGGAGCCGCAAGAUAUUAUCUACCACAACUGUGAGAAAAAUAAUGAACUGCGGAGGAUUUGGAAUGGAGGCAACUCUUCUUCUGGUGGUUGGCUACUCUCACACCAAGGUCAUUGCAAUAUCUUUUCUCGUCCUUGCUGUAGGAUUUAGUGGCUUUGCAAUAUCAGGUUUUAAUGUCAACCAUCUUGACAUUGCACCUCGCUAUGCCAGCAUUCUCAUGGGAAUAUCUAAUGGUGUUGGGACUUUAUCAGGGAUGGUGUGUCCACUCAUUGUAGGAGCAAUGACAAAGCAUAAGACCCGAGAAGAAUGGCAAAAUGUGUUCCUGAUUGCUGCAAUUGUACAUUAUAGUGGAGUUAUCUUCUAUGGCAUCUUUGCCUCUGGCGAAAAGCAGGAAUGGGCUGAUCCUGAGAGCCUAAGUGAAGAUAAGUGUGGUAUCAUCGACAAUGACGAACUUGCCGAAGAAACUGAACUUAAUAACGAAUCUUACACCAGCCCAAGUAAAAAGCCUAGUUAUGGUGCUACCAUUCAGAGCACUGAGAAACGGAAGAAAGGUUGGAGAACACAAAAAGUUAAGACACAGGAUGUAGAUGAACAGAAUUCCUACCAAUACGACAAUGAGGAUUUGUCCUAAUCCCAGUAUUGUAAGUGUGAUAAAGACUAUCAGUGUGUCGUAUGAAAAUCUGGAAUAAAAACUUGUA